GUCUGCUGAGCUCACCAUAUCAUCUGUUGCCCCUUACGAGGUAACCUUUAAGCUGAGGAAUAUUCCAACCGCAACCAAGGAGGAUUACUUCGGUUCCAUUGAUGACAUCCGCCGGUAUGCAUUGGAUCCACUCUAUAAAGGCUACAUUAAACCACAUGAUUAUUUGAAUUUCCUUGGUAAAGAUUCAUUGUCCAACAAAUUGAGGCAAGUCGUUUUUGAUAGCUGUGGAUACGGUAUUUUUGUUGAAUGUCAGCAAACAACCAGCGAUAUCUCCCUUCCUAAAGAAAUAGAGAGUCCCGCCUACAGCGUUGGUUGGAUGUCUGCCUGUCAAAUCAUCUUGGUGCCAACAUCGACGGAACUUGGCAUUUUCAUAUACGAAAAGAACAAUCAGAAACGUUUUAACAAUCUUAUUGAAAACAUUACCUAUCCUAAAAAUGACAUCUGGGUAAUCUCAAUUUCUAUCUUGGAAAACUUUGAAAAUGGUUCAAGUGCAUGGAGUGAUAACCUUUUAAUUGUGGAACUUAAAGCUUGUGCUGGUGGUUGA